ACAAACGAAACCCUAUUUCACAUUCCAAACCACAAGCGUAGUCGCCGUCACUUCUCCCAUGGCCGCUCCCUCCCUCAGCCGUGGCGGGGGCCGACGGCAUAGCGCUCAUCACCAUCACCAACCUUCCUGUGGUGGAUGCGCCAUUGCCUGAUGCGAGCCGCGGGGAAAUGAGGGAUCCUUGGAGGCAGAGCAACGCGGCCCCGUCUCCGUCUCUGGCCCCAGCGACGCCGCCGGCCCCCGCCACCUCGUCCCCCGCGGCGCUGCUCCGCCCGCAGCGGGAGGCGUUCGAGCAUGGGCUCCUGCCCAUCCCUAAGCUCAUCUUCCCGGAGGGCAUGCUGGCGCAGACCCUCGCCCAGCUCAAGGAGAAGCUCGCCGCCUCAGUCCCUGACGGGCGCGUGCGCGCUGCGGCCCUGGCUAAGGCGCAGCAGAUCCCGCAGGAGCAGGCGGCGCUCGCCCUCGGCACGCUCGCGGCGAUGCUCCCGGCCGAGGACCCCGUGCUUGGGGACGGCGCCAUGGAUGGUGCUGCCGCCGACAUCCGCGACGUGCUGCUCUUCCUCUAUAUCCAGUCUUACAAGCGCCUCGUCCACCUCCGCGUUCGAUGGGUACCUCUCUGCGCUCUCCCCGAUCCAGCUUGUUCGCAGCAACAGCCGCCGUUUUAUGCCUUCUCAAGCUAAUGAAGAAAUUCAUCAGUUGUCCUUUCUGCAAAAGCAUAUGGCGAAUAUUCUUACUCUCUUGGCAGAUUCUGUUGAGGGUGAGGGUGACGAUUCACUGGUCUUCACUCCAAGUAUAAUAUGAGAACAACCAGAACCAAACACAGAUGCUCUGUAUUUUCCUCAGGGUUAUUGGCAAAACUUUACGAUCGGCAUUGUUCCUGGGUUUCAUGAAUUGCAGCAUCUUACGUCUUCUCUGGCUUCAUAAUCGUGAGAGAUGAUGCCUGUGUGGUGGCGGUGGGUGUACUGGGCGGAUCCGGCGGCAUGGACGGUUCAUGGCAGAGCGCCCCUUGUUUGUGGAGUUCCUCGAGGCAUAUUUAUAAUAAUAUUAUAUAUUUAUAUUAUGGUGAUAUUUUGUAUUUGUGAAUGAUCUAGCUAGCUAUCUGUAAAUGAUCUAGUUGUGAAUGA